AUAAAUCUGCUGAUGAUUUUCAACUCUAUUCUUUUUCAGGAAAAGGAAACUAUCUAGAGUGGGAAAGAACCAUGGACAAGUGGCUGAGUUACAACAGAAUCAUGAGGAGUGAAAGAUUAUCUUUUGCUAUUUCUCAACUCACCGGAAGAGCUUAUAAGUGGUGGUUGCAAGAAGAAGAUGAUCGCAUGUUCUACAAGGAACCAGCUAUCACCACUUGGGAAAGUCUGAAGUUGUUACUGAGGGAUAAGUAUGCAUCCAAAGGCCACACUUCUCUGAAAUCUACAAAGAAGAAAGUCAUAUCUACAACAGACUUUCGAAGUGAAAAUUCAGAAACCAAGAUGGCUGAUUAUGAGAAAGAAAUCAGCAGCCUUGUUAAGGAGCUUCUUAAGACCAUCAAGCCCUUAGACAAGCUGAAGAAGCUCCCAAAGAAUCAAGAACCAGUUACUACUGUCUCGGAACUCAAUGACGCAGAAUCAGACUCAGCUGCCCCAAUUCAAGAAGCUCAAACCGAAACAUCUUUGGUAAAAGGAAACUUUGAGAAAGGACAAGAGUUUUCUCUGUUCUUACCUCAGUCUGAACUUAAUUUUAACAAUUCUUUUGGUGAACUAACUUGUCUUGAACCGGUGCAACCGAGUAGAAUUAUUUCAGUGUCACAGGUUGCAAAAGAAGACUCAGCAGAGAAGGAACCGGAGCAGUCAACACAAGGAAAAGAGUUGGAACAGCAGAACAGCCUGCAAUCAGAAAUCAUUCCUGAAUCCUUGUCUUAUGACCUGCAAGAGCACUAUGGAGGAAUCACACUGUUUUGUGUUUUGGAGAUAUUCUUGUCUACAAUACUUUCUUUGACAUGAUAACCCACUUGACUUGUCCAAAAGAAGCUGAGAAAGGUACAGGUGAAAAGAGGGGCUAUAAGGAUCAGAGUACCAGUGAUGAGUCUUUGGCUAAGUUGGAGAUGCAACAAGAAAACUUUGAAAGCUGUCAAGCCGCCAGAUUUGACAUAGGAGCAGUCCGAGGAUCAUAUCUCAACAACCACAAGGAAUUAAUCAGCAAACUCGACUGCCAUGGAAACUUAACUCAUCAGGGUCUCACGUCGAAAUGGAAUCACGUCCAAAACUUCUCAAAUGAAAGAGUUAUGGGUUCUACAAGUCGGGU